UAUCUCGCUCGCUCUCAUAGUCGUAUAUUCGUUGCGUACUAUAUAAGAAAUCACUCUUUCAUUCAUCAAUCUCAUUCUCAUUCCUCACCACCUACUACCAGUCCAUCACUCUUGUUUGUUUGUAGUCACCCAUUGUUCUAGCUGUUCAUCCAUCUCUUUCUUUGUCGAUCGAUAUUAAUCAUCCUCUUCAUCUUUUGCUGCAUGCGCUAGCUUCUUCAUUUUGGUUUUAAUUUCUUGUUCCCAUUGGUUCUUGCAUAUGUCUUUGGUGAAUUAGUUCUUGAAUUUAAGAUUCAUUGUUAAGACUGGAUCAGUCGAUCUUUCUUAUUCCUUAAAACUACCUUUAUAAAAGCUUUACAAGUAUGUAAUUGUUUUUCCAUUAAUUUUCUCUCGGAAUUUUUAUCAAAAAAGAAAGAAAAAGGUCUCUUGUUCUCUAGAUUCAUCGAGUCAUUAUAUUAUAAGAUUUAUCUUAAGUGAUUAGACUGGCGAGGUUUCAAUCUGUUACUUAGAAAUACAUUCAUAAAAGCCUUCCGAUCAUGUAAAUUAGUUCAGAGAUAUAUACCAAAAAAAUAAAACACACACAUACAAAAAAGUUUUCUACGUUUAUCCCCAUCAAUCAAUCCUCUAAAAUGCCAGAAUUCGAAACGAUUGGGAACGGUUCGCCAACGCCACCGGCGACCCCCGGAACUCCAACGCCAUUGAUGUCAUCUCUGAGAAUUGACUCAUUGUCGUACGAAAGGGAAAGGAAGUCCAUGCCGAGGUGCAAGUGUUUCCCAGUUGAAUCAUGGACUCCCAGUCAUACCUGUGUCACCGACUUUGCAACACCGGAUGUUUCUCUUGCCAGGAAGCUAGGAGCAGAGUUCGUAGGGACCUUCAUAUUGAUGUUUGCAGCCUCGGCCGGACCUAUCUUAAACCAGAAGUACGACCAUGCUGAGACACUCAUAGGGAACGCAGCUUGUGCUGGACUAGCAGUCAUGGUACUGAUAUUAUCCACUGGUCAUAUAUCAGGGGCACAUUUCAAUCCUUCCCUCACCAUCGCUUUCGCAACAUUCCGACAUUUCCCAUGGACUCAAGUUCCUGCUUACAUAUUAGCUCAAGUCUCUGCAUCAAUAUGCGCCUCUUUUGCCCUCAAGGGUGUUUUUCACCCCUACAUGUCUGGUGGAGUUACUAUCCCUUCUGACACUCUUGGUCAAGCCUUUGCUCUUGAGUUUAUUAUCACCUUCAUUCUCAUGUUUGUUGUCACUGCUGUUGCAACUGAUACUCGUGCGGUUGGAGAAUUGGCAGGAAUAGCAGUCGGGGCAACCGUCAUGAUGAACAUUCUAAUCUCAGGGCCUGCAAGUGGUGGAUCAAUGAAUCCUGUGAGGACACUGGGUCCAGCGGUAGCAUCAGGUAACUACAGAGCCAUAUGGGUGUAUAUGAUAGCGCCAACUUUGGGUGCACUUGCAGGCUCAGGCAUCUACACCCUCGUCAAGCUCAAAGAUGAAGAGAGCGACCCACCUCGCCCUGUCAGAAGCUUCCGUCGCUAGUUUAUCAGAUGGCUUUCAUUCUGACCGUCCAAAUAUGUGUUCUCCUAUGUACGUGUGUUUGUUUUUGUUUUCUAGUCUCGAAGAUUUAUAGCAUCUGCUACUGCUGCGAGCUAUGUGUGCAUUAUUAUUCUCCCUAUAGACGUGUGUGAUAGAGGUAAAAAUGGACAAAAAAAAAAGUAAAAAAAUUAAACAAAAAUUAAGCCUAUGUUCCAAGUCUCGGUAGUCAGUACUACUCCGAUGUAAUAAAUAAAAUAGAAAACAGCAGAUAUCAUGUGUGGAUUGUCUUGUGUUGUGUGGUUUCCCUAAAUAAAAAUGUUUGCAAGUGUAACUUUAAGUAUUCCGGAUUGUCAUGUA